AGCAUUUUAUUAGAAGUAGAAAAAAUUCCAAAAGCAACAGAAGUAGAGAGAUUUGGAAAAACCUAAUCGAGCAAUGUCAGACCCUUACGAGAGAGUGAAUGGUGGAAGAUUGGCGUUCAAAGGAGGAGAUCUAGCGACAAGGAAAUCGAUCGAAAAGAAGAAGAAGAAGAAGCAGAAGAAGAACAAAGAAAAGCUCGACGGUGUUGAGGAUGGAGCGAAGACAGCUCCUGACGGUUCACCCCCUCCCGCCGCUGCCGCUGGAGAUGAAGAUAUAUACUCAAUUGAUGCGGCGAAGAAGAAGAAGUACGAUGACCUAUUUCCUGUGGAGGCGAAGAAGUUCGGUUACAUUCCGAAAGCAAAUUUCGAAUCCAGGGAAGAUGCUCUUGACGAUCGCGUCAAGAAGAAAGCUGAUCGCUACUGUAAAUAAACUCUUCUUGUUUGUUUGUUUGGAUACCCAAAAUUUGCAGUUCUAGUAACACUUAAAUCUGGUGUAUUUGUUGCUUUUAGAGGAUUAAUUAUGCAACAAAGUAUCGAAUAUGAAAUCACUUGAAAAGUUUUUUCAAGGAUUAUAGAAGUUAUAGAAGCGCAGAAACUCAGGUUAAUAAGAAUGUGUUUCAAUGAAUGCAGCUAAAGAAGUAGUUCAUUAUGGUGUGAAAUCUUA